GAACCUGAUCCGCAGAGCGCGCGGGAGGUGACUAGGCCAGGAUGUCCUGACGCACGCCGUGAUGACGUCAGGGGGGAGUUUAACAGUCCGCGCAAGGGUCCCCACUCAGACGCAGGCACCUGUUGGAGCAGAGCCCAUGUGCCGUAAGUACCUCUGCGCUGCAGGUGCCACUCUGGAGAGCCACGCGCCUCCAGAGCGCGCACGAGGUGGCAGUCUUUAAAGGAGCACGCGCCGGGACACUGAAGUGAUGUCCCACCCGGAGCAGAGUGUCGAGUCCCGGGUCAUGGGCCCCAUGGACAACGGGCUCCCGGAGUCUGACGAGGAGCUGGACGCGGAGCAGGAUGCGGCGCGGAUGCGCUUCAUGAGGGACCGGCGCAGGGCGCGCUCGCUGCCCGCGUGCACGGCGGCACUGCUCGGGGACGGUGGCGCACGUAAGCGCGUGCAGUUCGCGGACACGCUGGGACUGAGCCUCGCGGAUGUGAAACACUUCAGUACCACGGAUGAGCCGCUCGUGCCGCACGCGGUGCUCUCCCGACACCAGAGUUUCCAGGCGCCCGCGCCGCAGAUGCACGCGCAGCCCAUGCUCCUGCCGUGUUUCCCGGACCCCGUGGACGCGCAGCAGAGGCUGCACGAGCAGCGCGUGGCCCUGGAGAAAGUACAGGUGACGCAGUUCGAGGUGCGCGGACAGGUGCUCACGCGCACGGAAGACGCGCAAGCGGCAGUCUUCAUCAGAUACACCUUCAACGAGUGGCUGUCUCACGUGGAUGCGCCUGCUGUGCGUGUACUCAACGGCCGCUACACUUUCUCUGUGCUCGUUCCGCCUCUGUGGAGCGCGAACGCGGUGCACUUCGCGCUGGGCCUGCGCAGCUCUGAGGGAGAGUUUUGGGACAACAACGGCGGGCGUAACUUCAGCCUGCGCUACGGAUACGGCCGCCCGCAGGUGCAUGCGCAAAGAGACACUUAAGGCGCGUGCACAGCAAAAGAACGAGAGCCCAAGACACCGUGCGUCAUGACGCACGCAUCUGUUCCACCUCACUCAGGACCGGGACUUUAAUUUGCUCUUUAAUGAAACAUAAUCCUGUCCCUAGACCGUCCUCCGGUACACCGGGUCUGAACUUGACCCUAGCGCUGUAAACGCGCCUCGUGCUC